GAGACUAAUGCCGUUGCAGAGGUCUUGUCCCUAGCCCACUUGGCGCCCCAGCUCGCCCUGCAUAUCGUCCACCUUUCCGCCAUGGAGGCCAUUCCGAUGCUGCGCGAAGCCCGCGCACAAGGCGUGCACAUCACUGCAGAGACUUGCUUCCAUUAUCUCUCCUUGGCCGCCGAACAGAUUCGCAACGGUGACACCCGCUACAAAUGUAGCCCACCCAUCCGCUCCCAAGCGAACCAGGAUGCCCUGUGGGCCGAACUAGCGCGAUACCCAGACGACGGCGUGAUUCAGACUGUCGUCUCGGACCAUUCGCCCUGCACGCCGGAUCUCAAGCUCCUCCCGCCGCACAUCCCUCCCCACACGGAUGCUCCAUCCCACAACGGCAGCUUCCUCACAGCCUGGGGAGGUGUCUCUUCUGUCGGUAUGGGACUCCCGAUCCUGUGGACCGAAUUCAGCCGCAGGCAUAAUCUGACAUUUGCGCCGGAGGGCGAGAGUACGAAACGUGCCCUCCGGGAUAUCGUCCGGCUCUGUUGUAUGAAUACCGCCGCCCAGGUGGGUUUGGAGAAGCAGAAGGGUGACCUGGCCGUUGGAAUGGACGCGGAUAUCUGCGUCUUCGACGACACCGCCGAGUGGGUUGUCGAGCAAUCUACCAUGCUGUUCCGGAAUAAGAUCUCGCCUUAUCAAGGCCAGAAACUGAGGGGUGUUGUUCGGGAGACUUGGCUCAGGGGUGAGCGGAUAUUCACCCGUGCUGCCGGAUUCAGCGAUGAAAGGCCGUCGGGCAAGCUCCUGCUGGAGAAACGGGCUAAGCGGAAUUGAACUUCCUCAUCUGUUGGGGCCUUGAUGGCACGGCAUAACCCAAACCGAGGCAGCUUGUUUGAUCACCAGUGACAAGAUGCUAGAUUAGAUGAGAUACACAACGUUAUGAUAUGACAAACCUACUAUGAGGAAAGAAACGCAGAUUGGGAUGGGAUAAAGCUAACCAAUAUGAAGCUAUGAAUCCCUAUGGAAAUCUCUAUCUCAGGAAGAAGUUCAGGAUGAGGAAGCCUUCCACAAAAGGAGAAUAUAGAGUGGUACGGUCUUGGCUGUAGAUAAUCCCGUAGCUAUGCCAUUGGAUCUGGAGAUUGGGAGUGGGAGCUGUUAUGAAGCUGUAUAGAGAGAAUAGAAUGUGCUAUUGAAUCAUCUGGUAGUCGCCCAGGGAGUUGAUUAAUAUCCUAAACCAGAAUACAAC